UUCAUAUAUUUUUCAUUUCAAGGCAUCUUUAGCCAGCAGUGGUCAGUCUUCAUGCCUCAGACUAUAGAGGGGCUGAGUGGAUCCUGUGUGAUCAUCCCCUGCACUUUCAGCUUGCCUUCUGAAUGGGAUCAACACCUGGACCACUCAUGUAAAGCCGUAUGGAAGAGAGGCAGCUGGAGCCAAACGCAGGUGUUUGAUUCCAGCCUGACUGGAGCGAGUGUGAGCUUAAAUCUCCUACAGGGAAAGCUGACCGGGAUUCUGCGUGACAAAGACUGCACCACCAUCUUCACAAACCUGCCAUCUAACCAUUAUGACAACUAUUACUUCAGAUUGCAGUGUGACAACUCACUGAAGUUUAACUUUAGAAAAAGUGUUCGUAUCACCACUAAAGAUACACUCCCCCAGCCUACCAUAACUCCCCCUAGGCUGGAAGUUGAAGAAGGCACUGCAGUUUCUUUGAGUUGUUCAGCUGUUGUCCCCUGUCCUACUCUUCCUCCACUUGUGACAUGGACACCCAGUUUAGGGGACAUCGAGGAGAAUAUGGAAGCAAAAUCUUUAAACUCUGUCAUGAACUUUAAUGUUUCUUACCUCCACCAUGGACAGAAGGUUUCCUGCAGUGCUGCCUACAACAGACAAGCUGGGUACAGUGACCUUGUCUAUGAAAGAAGUUUGACUAUACAGGUUUUUUACCCUCCACACAACACAUCAGUCAGUGGUUCUGGUCCAGUAAUGGAGGGCAGUUUGGUGAUUUUGACCUGCAGCACCAACUCAAAUCCAGAGGUGGACAACUACACCUGGUACAAAGUUAAUGGCGAGCAAGUGGAAGUAGUUGGAUUUAAGAACAAACUUUCCACCACAGCUACAGAAGUUGACCGGCAGUUUUUCUGUCAAGCCGAUAACGGAUAUGGAAGCCAGAACUCUUCCAUCGCUUCUAUAGAUGUGCAGUUUUCUCCAAAGGACACAACAGUUCUUGUUGAACCAUCCGGUCCAGUAGUAGAGGGCAGCUCUGUGUCUCUUAUAUGUAGAAGCCGUUCAAACCCUCCAGUGACUAAUUACACCUGGUACAGAGAUGGUGAAGUGGAUCAGGAGACUGGACCGGUCUUGGUUUUAGACAAUAUCAAUCCCAGCCAUAGUGGUGGCUAUCGCUGCUCUGCAAAAAAUGAUCUGGGAGAAGAAGCUUCAGCAAAGACUCAGCUGGAUGUUCAGUAUUCCCCUAAAAACACCACGGUGUCUGCUGACCCCUCUGGUCCGGUUCCUGACGGCGACUCUGUGACUCUGACCUGCUCCAGCGUCGCCAAUCCAGCAGUAGCUAACGUUACCUGGUUCCGAGCUGCUGGAAGAGAAAAGGAAGUUGUCGGAUCAGAGCAGGAUUUCACCUUCAAUGUGACCAAACGCUCAGAAGAUCUAUAUUACUGUGAAGCACUAAAUAUUCAUGGAAAUCAAUACUCAGAACCUGUCACUGUUGAUGUCCUAUAUUCUCCAGAGAUCCUACCGUCUUCCCUCUGCGUUAGAAUAUUAUCCCAGUUCAGAUGCUCCUGUGACAGUCAGGGUAACCCGCUUCCUUCCCUGGUUUGGGAACUGGCUGGAGAACCUGUCAAUCACUCAGCUGACAUCCCAGUACGGGAGAUAAUCAUGGGACAUGGGACCAUGAGGAGUGUCAUCACUCUGUACCGUCUGAGUGCAGACAUGCCCACUUUAGUGUGCAUCAGCAGGAACUCACUGGGCUCAGACAGUCUGGCUUAUAAUGUUUCCUCCAGUGAAACUCAGCUGGCUGUUCAGGUUGUGUCUCUGCUAAUCGGAUCAGCUGCUGGAGCACUAGGGAUGAUGAUUUGCAUCCCAUUGCUGAUCUUUUUUUGCAGGAGAAGAAAAGACAGCUUUUCACUCAACAAGGAGUUGAUGGAAACAGAAGAAUGUUUAGUCACCAAUGUGUAGGUCAGUUCUUCCCCAGAAGACAAAGCUGCAGUGAAAGAGGAGGAAGGAGAGACGGAAGAGCACCUUAACUAUGUCAAUGUGGAUUUUGCUAAACUGCAGGCCAGAUCAGAAGGUGAGCUUGGAGAAGGUGCUAUCAGGGGACUGGAGUCAAAGACAGCUGAGAAUACUGAGAUCCGCAUCCAGUGCAGAGAAAGUGAUGGUGUGGAUACAAAACAGCAAGGACAUUUCUCAGACACUUCCUUGGGACAAGGAAAAGGCAAUAAUGAUCUUACAGAGGAGGUCAUUGCUUAAUUUUAAGUAGAUUUGUAGCAGAGAACAAGAUCCAGGACUUUAGUUUUAGUUCAACAUGAUUCUGAAUGAGUUGAUUCUGAAUAUUUAACCUUACAAUGAUGUAAGAAAACUAUAACAACAAUGACUAUUAAUAAUAAUAAGUCAUAUUUGUAAAUCAACUGUUUGUCUAACACUGUAUUUUACUAAUAACUAAUAAUUUUGUCUCUUUAUUAAAACUUCUGUCUGAAA